GUUCCUAGUUAUAGUUUAGGCACCUCUAAGCGCGCCGACUCCAGACGGUCUAGCAAGCACGAAAGGCCUAGAAUGCUUAUCUAGCUCAAUCCUCGCCCGAAGCUUGGUUUUGGAAAUCUUUGUGGGCACUGCUCGCGUGAUUUCCUUGUUUCCGUUCCUGUUCCCAACUUCACGUUGUAGCCAUGGCGGCGGCAUUGCUGGGUCUCGACGGUCUCUUCCUCGGCUUCGAUAGCUCCACGCAGUCACUCAAGGCCACGGUAGUCGAUUCCUCCCUUCGAAUCGUCACUACCGAGUCUCUCCAGUACGACACUGCCCUCCCGCACUACCAAACCUCCGGAGGCGUGCACCGAGCCUCCGCCGAGCCUGAUUCCCGAACCUCCUCUUCCGGCUCGGCGCUCAGAGUUACCGCACCACCAGCCAUGUGGGUGGAGGCGUUUGAUGUGAUUUUAACGAGAUUGAAGGAUGCGGAUUUUCCGUUCGAUAAGGUCCGGGCAGUUUCGGGCAGCGGGCAGCAGCAUGGGAGCGUUUACUGGCAGAGAGGAGCCCGGGCACGGCUUGCAAAUCUUAGAUCUGACCGAACCCUUUUUGCGCAGUUAUGUGGUGAUGAGAGAUACAGGAAAGAAGAAAGCAAGCUUCAAGGCACGGGAGAGGGAUUCAGCUCAAGCGAUUCGAUUAAAGGUGCUUCUUUACUAGAUGAUGCAUCAUCAAGUGUAUUUUCGCUGUUAGAUUCCCCCAUUUGGAUGGACAGCAGCACAGCAUCCCAGUGUAGGGAAAUCGAAGCAGCUCUUAGCGGGCCUGCAGCAUUGGCUCGGAUGACUGGUUCCCGAGCCUACGAGCGGUUUACUGGGCCUCAGGUUCGGCGUGUGUGGCAACAUCAGCCUCGGGAGUAUGAGAACACGGAGAGGAUCUCAUUGGUCAGCUCGUUUGGAGCAUCGCUAUUGGUCGGGGAUUACGCUCCUAUUGAUGCUGCUGACGGCGCUGGGAUGAAUCUGAUGGAUCUACGGACGAGAGAAUGGGCUGACGUGGCACUAGAGGCCACUGCGCCAAACCUGCGGGAGAGGCUUGGCGAGGUUGUCCCUUCACACGAGGUGGUUGGCAAUGUGCAUGGCUACUAUGUGGAAAGGUUUGGCUUCUCUCCUACUUGCCAAGUCGUGGCAUGGUCUGGUGACAACCCUUGCAGUCUUGCAGGUUUGGCGCUUGGCGGCUCGGGCGAUGUGGGCAUAAGCCUUGGGACGAGCGACACUGUGUUUGCGGUGGUUCAGCACCCCCAACCAGGAUUGGAAGGCCAUGUGUUUCCCAAUCCUGUGGAUCCAUCCUCGUUUAUGGCCAUGAUCUGCUACAAGAACGGGUCUUUCACUCGACAAGCCAUCAGGGACCGCUGUGCAGGCGGGUCAUGGGAGUCAUUUUGCCAGCUGCUCAAUGAGUCUCCUCCCUUGAACGGUGGUCGCAUGGGCCUCUACUAUCUCGACUCAGAAAUCAUCCCACCACUACCAGUGGGAACUCAUCGGUAUGCGCCAAAGCAAGGCGACGGCUCAGCUGUUUCAGAAGCGGCUGUUAGGGGCCCUCUCUCGGCGCUCACAAGACUUGACCCCGACCAGACCUUCUCACCACCUGAAGAGAUCAGAGCGUUAGUGGAGGGGCAGCUAGCAGCAAUGAGGGGACAUGCAGAGCGAAUCGGGUUGCAGAGCCCGCCUGCCCGAAUCAUUGCCACUGGGGGUGGUUCAGCCAAUGAGGCGAUCCUGCGCACCAUGGCAAAUGUUUUUGGCUGCCCGGUGUACACCUCGACAUCCACAGACUCGGCCUCGUUGGGAGCAGCACUGAGAGCAGCACACGGCUACCUCUGCCACGCCCAAGGCUCCUUUGUUCCCUUCACAUCGCUCCUGGAUCAUGCGAGCGCCACCUCAGCAACUUCCAGCUCAGCAAGUGCCACAGCAGAAGGUGCCACGUCAACAGCCCCCAGCGCUGUCUCUCUUUCCAAAGCUAUCCCUGCUGGAUCCCCGGACCUGCACGCGAGGUACGGGGAGAUGGUGGCUCGGAGAAUGGCAGUUGAGCAACAGCUAUUGGACGAAGCCAGGGGGCAGCAAGCAUAGCGGCGGUGUGCAGUUCAUUGUGAGGCUUAAAGCCAGAACCAGUGUAGUUGGCUUUAACAACCACAGCUGGCUGCUGUGGCUGUUGAGGGCCAGUUGUUGGAUGAAGCGGAUGCGCAUUGAGUGGGCGCUGGGCAGCUGGUUAAAGGAUAGUGAGUUGUGAUCAUGGUUGAGGUCCCAUUGAAAGCAUCUUAGAGGGUGUCAUGUUCCUGCGACCUUUCCCCAGGUCGGGCUUGUUGGAAAUAUCUCAAGGACUUAAGCGUUUCUGAAGUGUAACACUGUACUCGAGGAAGAUUACAGGGGAGCACGCGAGUCAACGGAGGUUACACGAGGGGGCGGACAAAGAAUGCGAAAGGACUCGAAAGGUCGCAACUGGAGGUUGCGACUGACCGUUACAACAUCACGGAUGGUAACCGAAGCGGCAAUCGAGUCGCUGUGCGACUCGAUAAAACCGUUCCUGUAACUGUAUUCUACAACUGCUUUCUUAUCUUCUAUAUAUUGCUGUAUGCUUGUUUCUUUAAUCAAUCACUUGUUCUCACAUACUAGUACAAGGGUUCAACUGCCUCAACUUCCGCUGCACUACUCCAAGUCUCAAGUCUCUACAGCUGGGACUUAGUCUCUGUAAAAGAUCCUAAGGGCUUCUUCUCAGCCCAACAUGGACUUAAGCGUUUCUGAAGUGUAACACUGUACUCGAGGAAGAUUACAGGGGAGCACGCGAGUCAACGGAGGUUACACGAGGGGGCGGACAAAGAAUGCGAAAGGACUCGAAAGGUCGCAACUGGAGGUUGCGACUGACCGUUACAACAUCACGGAUGGUAACCGAAGCGGCAAUCGAGUCGCUGUGCGACUCGAUAAAACCGUUCCUGUAACUGUAUUCUACAACUGCUUUCUUAUCUUCUAUAUAUUGCUGUAUGCUUGUUUCUUUAAUCAAUCACUUGUUCUCACAUACUAGUACAAGG